CUAUAAAUACGCGAACAAGCGCGCAUCGCCGCAGAAUUAAUCAGACACACAAGCGUUCCAGUGCUAUUGAGCCGGAAAAACUCUUUUCGAAGUGCUAUAUUACAAGUGAAUUUUUGCCAGUUUCAAGUUAAUAAUCUGUUGAAUUCGAAGACUUUCAAGAUGCCUGAAGAAGUACAGAAUGGAGAAGUUGAGACCUUCGCUUUCCAAGCGGAAAUUGCUCAGUUGAUGAGUUUGAUCAUCAACACCUUCUAUUCCAACAAAGAGAUCUUUCUCCGAGAAUUGAUUUCCAACUCGUCUGAUGCCUUGGACAAAAUCCGUUAUCAGUCUCUCACCAAUCCAACAUGUUUGGAUUCUGGAAAAGAUCUUUACAUCAAAAUUAUCCCAAACAAAAACGAUGGUACACUUACCAUUAUUGAUACUGGUAUUGGUAUGACCAAGGCCGAUUUAGUUAACAACCUGGGAACUAUUGCCAAAUCUGGAACAAAGGCCUUCAUGGAAGCUUUGCAGGCUGGAGCUGAUAUAAGCAUGAUUGGUCAGUUUGGUGUGGGUUUCUACUCUGCCUAUUUGGUUGCUGAUAAAGUAACGGUGGUCUCAAAGAACAAUGACGAUGAACAGUACAUCUGGGAAUCUUCAGCAGGUGGUAGCUUCACUGUACGUAUUGAUAACGGAGAGCCACUAGGAAGAGGUACCAAGAUCGUUCUCCACAUCAAGGAAGAUCAAGCUGAUUUCUUAGAAGAACACAAAAUCAAGGAAAUCGUCAAGAAGCACUCUCAAUUCAUUGGGUACCCUAUCAAAUUGUUGGUAGAAAAGGAACGUGAAAAGGAAUUGAGCGAAGAUGAAGCUGAAGAAGAAAAGAAAGAUGAGGAAACAACUGAAGACGCUGAUAAACCAAAAAUUGAAGAUGUAGGCGAGGACGAGGAAGAAGACAAAGAAAAGAAGAAGAAAAAGAAGACCAUCAAAGAAAAAUACACAGAAGAUGAGGAACUCAACAAGACAAAACCCAUUUGGACCAGAAAUGCUGACGAUAUUUCCCAAGAAGAGUAUGGUGAAUUCUACAAGUCCCUCACCAACGAUUGGGAAGAUCAUUUAGCCGUCAAACAUUUCAGUGUGGAAGGACAGCUUGAAUUCAGAGCUCUCUUGUUUGUUCCCCGUAGAGUACCCUUCGAUCUCUUCGAAAACAAGAAGCGCAAGAACAACAUCAAAUUGUAUGUCCGUAGAGUAUUCAUCAUGGACAACUGUGAAGAACUCAUCCCAGAAUAUUUGAACUUCAUCAAGGGUGUUGUUGACUCUGAAGAUUUACCCUUGAACAUUUCCAGAGAAAUGUUGCAACAGAACAAGAUCCUCAAAGUCAUUCGUAAGAACUUGGUCAAGAAAUGUUUGGAAUUAUUUGAAGAACUGACUGAAGACAAAGAUAAUUUCAAGAAAUUCUACGAACAGUUCUCCAAGAACCUCAAAUUGGGUAUCCAUGAAGACUCUGCCAACAGAUCCAAACUGGCUGAAUUCCUCCGUUACCACACCUCAGCUAGUGGUGACGAAGCAUGUUCACUUAAAGAUUACGUUAGCAGAAUGAAGCAAAACCAGAAGAGCAUUUACUACCUAACUGGCGAAAGCAAAGAACAGGUGGCCAACUCUGUAUUUGUUGAACGUGUCAAGAAGCGUGGAUUUGAAGUAGUGUACAUGACCGAACCUAUUGAUGAAUAUGUUGUACAACAACUUAAGGAAUAUGAUGGAAAAACUUUGGUAUCUGUAACAAAGGAAGGUUUGGAAUUGCCUGAAGAUGAAGAAGAGAAGAAGAAACGCGAAGAAGACAAGACUAAAUUCGAAGGUCUCUGCAAAGUUAUCAAGAGCAUUUUAGAUAACAAAGUAGAAAAAGUUGUUGUAUCAAAUAGGUUAGUCGAAUCUCCCUGCUGUAUUGUAACAUCUCAAUAUGGUUGGACUGCAAACAUGGAACGUAUCAUGAAGGCGCAAGCUCUCAGAGACACAUCUACCCUGGGUUACAUGUCAGCCAAGAAACAUCUUGAAAUCAAUCCAGACCAUCCAAUCAUUGAAAACUUGAGACAGAAGGCUGAAGCUGACAAAAACGAUAAGGCUGUUAAGGAUCUAGUAAUUUUACUUUUUGAAACUUCACUCCUUAGUUCUGGUUUCACUUUGGAUGAGCCACAAGUACAUGCUUCUAGAAUCUACAGAAUGAUCAAAUUAGGUUUGGGUAUCGACGAAGAAGAAUCUAUGGUAGUUGAGGAACCUUCUACUGAUGCUCCUGCUGCUGAGGCUGGCGAUGCCGAAGAUGCUUCAAGAAUGGAGGAAGUCGAUUAAACAUAAUCUCUUCUCUCUAUUGAUAUGUAUUAUUUGAACAUGUGUUUUAGUAUGUUCUCGUCAUUCCUAUAAUAAGUUAUUUUUUUAUAGUAUAUCUCGAAAGAAUAAUUUUUGGCUGUGUUCCAACAAAGAUUCCCUCGUACUGAUUAUUGUUAAAGUAUUGAGAAUAAAAGAACAUCAAUUUAA